CAUACCGUCCUCUAAAACCCUGCUGCAUCCUCUCUCUCUUACUCUUGCCGCGUUCAUCUUCUAAAACCCACUUUCGUCAUAUGUUCUGAAUCCCUUCAUACAAGCAUUGAACAUCGAAGAUGAAGAAGGAAGGGAGGAAGAAGCUGAAGGAUGAGGAUUUGAAACCAGUAGAGAAAGAAGAUGUUGUGAACGGAAAAGAAGCUCUUAGUGGUUCUGAGGACGACGGUGUAGAAAGUCCUGUCGUUUCGGAUGAUGAUUAUGGGAGCUUCUCUGAGGGUGACGACUCUUCAAGGAACUCAGAUUCAGAAUCAGAAUCAGGAUCUGAACAGAGUGAAUUCUCGGAAGAUGAGGAUGAUGAGAACCCAAUCAACGAAGGUGAAGGUGAUUUGAGUGAUGGAGUUGAUGAUCAUAGUGAAGGAGAUCAAAGUGCAAGUGAAGAUUCUCGUGAAGUAGUUGAUGAGAGUGAUUCAUCAGAAGAUGAGGUUGGACCUAGGAACACUAUUGGUGAUGUUCCUUUGGAAUGGUAUAAGGAAGAAGAACAUAUUGGAUAUGAUGUUGCUGGAAAGAAAAUCAAGAAAAAGGAAAGACUAGAUAAACUCGAUUCGUUUUUAGCAAGAACAGAUGACUCAAAUAGUUGGCGCAAGAUCACAGAUGAUAUUGAAGAUGAGGAAGUUGAACUUACUAAAGAAGAAACUAAGCUUAUUCGCAGACUAUUGAAAGGACAUGCCCCUCAUGCAGACUUUGAUCCACAUGCACCUUAUGUUGAUUGGUUUUCAUGGGAUGGUGCUAAACAUCCACUCUCAAAUGCUCCAGAACCAAAAAGGCGUUUUAUUCCUUCAAAAUGGGAAAGCAAAAAGGUUGUUAAAUACAUCAGAGCAAUUAGAAAGGGACUUAUAACAUUCGAUAAGCCAAAAGAACAACCCCGUUUUUAUAACUUAUGGGGUGAUGAAUCUAGUUCAAAUGAAAAAGGACAUGGGUUAUCAUACAUACCUGCUCCCAAAACUAAAUUACCAGGCCAUGAUGAAUCGUAUAAUCCAUCUUUGGAAUAUAUUCCAACUCAAGAAGAGAUUAGUGGUUAUCAGCUUAUGUUUGAGGAGGACAGGCCUAAGUUCAUCCCAAAACGGUUCACAUCUUUGAGAAGUGUUCCAGCUUAUGAAAAAAGUGUGAGGGAAACUUUUGAUCGUUGUUUGGACUUAUACUUGUGCCCUAGGGCACGAAAGAAGCGUAUUAAUAUAGAUCCAGAGUCUUUAAAACCCAAGCUUCCAAGUCGAAAAGAUCUUAAACCUUAUCCAACAACAUGUUAUCUUGAGUAUAAAGGGCAUAAAGGUCCAGUUUCUUCAAUUUGCACUGACACAUCUGGCCAGUAUAUUGCUUCUGGCUCACAUGAUGGAAGUGUUCGUAUAUGGGAGGUUGAAUCUGGUAGAUGUAUCAAGAUUUGGGAAUUAGGUGAACCUGUGAAGCAUGUUGCAUGGAAUCCUUUACCUGAGCUUCCCAUUUUAGCUGUUUCAAUGGGACAUGAUGUUUUUCUAUUGAACACUGGGCUUGAGAAAGAAGAAGAUAAGAUGAUUUCAGAUCUUUUGCAUGUUGAAACUCCCACUUCCCCUGAUGAAUCUGAAACUGCUGUCAGUGUAAGCUGGUCUCAAUACGAUAAAUAUGAUGGAAUCAGGAUCACACACUUCAAGUCUGUUUCAUCUGUGGAAUGGCAUCGAAAAGGAGACUAUUUCUCUACUAAUGUCAGAGUUUAUGAUUUAGUAAAGAAAAAGUUCAUCAAAAAGCUUGAAGCUGGAGUUCGUGAAAUCUCUUCUGUCUCCAUUCAUCCUGGUGGUGACAAUGUUAUUGUGGGAAGUAAAGAUGGAAAGUUAUGUUGGUUUGACAUGGAUCUUUCUUCAAAACCUUACAAAGUUCUCAGAUCUCACAAUAAAGACAUAACAAAUGUGGCUUUCCAUCGCAACUACCCUUUGUUUGCUUCUUGUUCAGAUGAUUCCACAGCUUAUGUUUUUCAUGGCAUGGUCUAUUCAGAUCUGAAUCAGAAUCCUCUUAUUGUUCCUUUGGAGAUUCUUCAUGGCCAUAGAGACACAAAUGGAAGAGGUGUGUUGGAUUGUAAGUUUCAUCCAAGGCAGCCAUGGUUGUUCACUGCAGGGGCUGAUUCUGUGAUCAAGCUUUUCUGCCAUUAAAAAACUUGGGAGAAAGUUUGAAAUGAUGAUGUUUUUGUCUUCAAGAUCUCUACAAAAUGUGGAAUUGUUUUGUUUUGUGAUUUGGAGAAAAGCAUAUGGUUAUGGUUGUAGUUCAAUUUUGUUAUAUCAUUGUAGGAAGUGUGAGGGUUGAUUUUUUGAUAUUUGUUGUUCCUAAAGAGCAUUAAAAGGGAUGGGAUUAUGUAUGUUUAUGAGUUUAUCUUAUGAAUGGUGAUUGCAUUUUUUGUCUAUUUUGUUAAUUUCUUUUUGAGUAAAUUGCAAAUUUGGUCCCUGUGGUAUCUUAAAAAGUUUAAGUUGAGUUAAUUUUUUUUUCCUUUGCACAUGUACAAAAAAAUUUAAAAUACAGUGCAGAUUUUGGUCCUUUGAAAAUUUAAAUGCAUUUGAAUAUGAACACAUCAUCGUGAAUUUUGAAAUUUCGCAUUUCUGAAAAUAUAUUUCUAACAAAAGGUUCUUCGGAAAUAAAUUA